CGACCCGAGCUUUGUGUCUGUAAUGAUGAUGGCGACGACCUCACGAGAUGAGAUCUCUUCGGAGACAAAGACCUUAGUGAAGGUGGUUUCAAUGCCGGCGAUGGAAGGUAGUCAAAUCAUCACUCAAUGGAAGACUCGGACCUGGCAACAUCUCCAUAUUACUCUAACAGAUCUCUGGAAGCCGCCACACAUCACAACCCAAAUGCACACAAGAAAUCUCUCCAUCUGGAGAUCACCAACAGGCCGUGCAGAUCCUCUACUGUCACUAGGUCCAUCUCAUGACAUGAUCAGGUCAUUUAGCGAGUUCUCCUCAGCCGGUGGCGAUGAGUUCGACGGAGAAAAGAAAGAGGGUGGGGGGAGAGGAGGAAUUGCUGGCUCCGAGGCACUGCAAGGAAAUGGAAGACCAGUUCUUCUGGGAGCACGAAAGCGAUCCCCAACCCCAUGAAAUCUCGCUCCAUAGCUCAGCGACAUCAGACUUAGGUUUUCACCGAGGGAAUUUCUCGCAGAAUCUUGUACUUUCCCCAAUAGACAAAUUCAGAACGGGAUAAGGGAGAACCGGAGGAAGCAACGUUGGGUAGUAGCUCUGCCGAUGCUUCACUACAAGAAAAACUCGUAUUUGUGGCAGAGUGUAUAUGUCAUUAUAAGUCAUUUAUGUGCCUCUAUAUCUUAUUAGAGGCACACAAAGAUGUGACACUUAUAUUAUUGUUGCUAAUUCUCCUUAGAGACAAAUAGUAAAGUUAUUGUGGCAAA